UUAAAAUUCCAGUAGCAAAAAUGAACAACGUCUUUAAAAUGAAGUUUAUGAAAAGAAGUCUUGAGAAGAAGAAACUUAAGGAUAUUAAUUCUGGGAAAAUACCUGAUGACGCUAAGGAAGCAGAGGAAAGCACUAAAGGUCAAAAGAAAGCAUACAUGUGGAAUAAAGAUAGCAGUGAUAGUGACAGCAGUGAUGAUGAUACCCAAUUUGGACUCUCCAGGUUCACCCAGAGCCAUUCAACCUGCAAGCGGACUUUUGGUAAGAAAGAAGAGGUUAAACACGAGCUAAACGAUAUUGAAGAGAGUCUUAAGGAAACAAAAUCUGUUUCUAAUAGAUUUUUACUACAGGAUAAGAGCUCUAAAGGGACAUCCCAUAGACACACAAAUCAGCACGAUUCGAACAAAAAGAGGAAGAGGAAGAAUGACAAGAACUCCAAUUCCAAUGUGUUUAAGAGGUUUAGAGUUAAGGAAUAAUAUAAUUAACCAC